UAAAUUGACUCGAUGGCACUAACAGCAACCAAGUUGAGGGAGAGGUUAGGGAGACUUCAGGGUUUUGGGUUGUAGCCGCUGCAGGGAUGGAAGCUCCAUCAAGUGGGAUGUGGAAGGUGUCGGACAUUAUGACCUUUGGAGACAUUGCCGUGUACUUCUCCUGGGAGGAAUGGAGGCUCCUUGAUGAAGCUCAGAGGCACUUGUACCAGGAUGUGAUGCUGGAGAACUUUGCACUCAUAUCCUCGCUGGGUUGCUGGAGUGGAGCAGAGGAUGCAGAGGCUCCUUUUGAACACAGCAUUACUGUGCCUCUCCUCAGGGCCAGGCUCCUUCUGACCCCAUCUUGCUGUGGCUAGAUUCAUAUCCAUCUUGUGAACCACUAAGGGCCCUCCAUCACACCACCAAGAUGAUUAUCUACAUGGUACUUGGAUGAUGUAAUCAUUAAGGGAAAGACAGAAGAGCAGCUAGCACUGGCCAAGACCAGCUCGGGACAUGACAGCCCACAUGAAAGAAAACUAUCACCAAGAGAACUCCAGAGGAAGGUCUUGCAAGAAGAGCCCAUGGUGCAAUUAAGUAUUGACUAUGUCAGUGGUGGCAAAUCCUGGCAUAGGGAGGUAUUAGGAAAUGUCAAUUAGAGGAAGGAAUUACAACCUGGGGCACACAAGUGCCCUAUUUCUGGACAAAGUGACCCAGCCAGGGAGAGGGCAAGCAAGGAUGGAUUCAUUUGGCUGAAUGCAAGAUGUCUGACCCUGAAUCCUUCCCUGCAGGAGUGUAGGGAAGCAGGUGUUGGGCCUGCUCAAGGCCAGUGCACAUACCUCAACUGUACCAACCACAGCGCCUACCUAAGUUAACUGGAGAAGGAAGCAGACACGUUGGUCCUGAUGGGAGGAGGACGUAGCUGCCCCUGGGGAAAAGGAAAACGAUAGAGGCUAGGUCAGAGCACAG